AUGAAAUCUCAUCACUUUCACACUCUUUCAAAUGUCUCCUUCAACAAGUCAUCCUCAUGGUCCUACUUUUCGGAACUUUUAUUCUUUUCAUCCCAUCCAAGUAAACUCACAAAUCCAUGUAAAAACUUUCAUCAAUCCUUCCUUUCCAAUCCAAAAUCCACUCAUUCCUCAACAAAAUUUUAUAACAAUUCUCAAAACAUCAAACGAUUGGCCAUCAUUGGAGGAGGAGCAGCAGGACUCAUGUCAGCUGUUUUUGCUCAGACUCAAGCUCUUCAAACAAUUUCAAAAAAUAGGAAAAAUUCGAAUACUAUUGAAAUUUAUGUACUCGAACGAAAACCUCAAUGUGGACGAAAAAUUCUCAUGAGCGGUGGCACUCGAUGUAAUUUAUUGCCCCAUGAAUCGAAAUGGCCAAAAACUCUUAAAGACAUUUCACAAGAUGAAUCAAAUCAUAAUUAUGGCCAUGCAGAUUUGGAAUUGAAAUAUUUCACAAAAAGUCCAGAAUUAUUGAUUGAUAUUUUAAAAACUUGGUCCAUUGAAAAACAGAAAGAAUUCUUUGAAAAGCAGUUGAACAUUUCUUUGGAAUUGGAGGAAGAGACUGGAAAAUAUUUUCCAGAAUCUAACGAUGCGAAACAAGUAUUAAAUUCUUUUUUACAAUUCAUUCAAGAGAGAAAUACAGAACAAGUGAAGGUGAAAAUUAUUACGGAUUGUAAUGUGAAUGGUUUGGAAAAAGACGAAUUUGGAAAUUGGAAGAUUUCAUUUCUAGAUGAACAACAAAGCAAAUUUUCACAACAAGAACAUCAAUCACAACAAUUCAUAUGCCAUUCUGUCAUUCUUUCAAGUGGUGGACUGAGUGUCAUUAACAGCGAUGGUUAUGGCAUUCAACUGUUGUCGCAACUAGGUCACGAAAUAAUUCCAUUAUAUCCAGCACUUAAUCCUUUGAUUUAUAAUCCUGAAGUGAAACAUAUUCACAAAGAAUUAAGUGGUGUUACUCUUCCCAAUGUCAUGGUGAGUGUGUAUUUGAAUGAGGAUAGCAGCAAUGAAAAAGGAAAGAACAAAAUAUUGCUCUAUCAAUCUUUGGAACCAAAAGGUUUUCUUUUCACACACACUGGAUAUUCUGGACCAGCUAUUUUAAAUGCCUCUCAUGCGACUAUUUAUGGGCUCUUUCAAGAUGAAAAGCCACCUCCUAGUUCUCAACACUGUUCCACAAAAGAUUUCCAGGAAAGUGCUGAAAAUAUUUCACAUUCUGCGUACGCCAAGAUUGGAAAAUCCACGAUUGAAAAAUUAAUUUACAAAAUUCCUGGAACACAGAAACAUUCUGUUUCGUUGCAUGUGAAUUGGACACCUCAAAUUUCAGCUCAGGAAUGGGAUAACAAAUUCACACUUGCCCAAAAACAGCAUUCAAAACUGCUUGUGAAGAAUUUUAUUCACAAAAACUCUGAACCAAAUUUUUUGCCCAUUCGGCUCAUUGAACUUAUUACAGAUAGUGUGAAUUUAAGUGACCUCUCGGUGUCAAAAUUAAGCCAUUCCCAAAAACGACAAAUUAUUUCACAACUCACAAAUUUUGAAUUACCUUUCCAACCUAACAUGUCCUUUAAAAAAGCAGAAGUAACUGGAGGUGGUGUGCGAUUGGAUCAAGUCUCGACGAAGACCUUAGAAAGCAAACUUCAUUCAAACCUAUAUUUAUGUGGUGAGGUUUUGGAUGUUUUUGGUUGUAUUGGAGGGUUUAACUUUGCUUGGGCUUGGAUUUCUGGAAGAUUAAGCGGUAUUUCGAGCAUGAGGAAGUUGUUGAAAUAA